CAAACCUUGAAGGUAGGCUAUUCUCAAACGCGAGGGCGUACUGGUGGUUGUCAUGUCCUAGUAGUGUACAUGAUUGUGCCUGCCACCACGCUCGUGACUUAGCCUGACAGCGCCCAGGAAAAGCACAUGUGACUUCUGUCUGCACACUGCACAUCCACGUGAAGAUUUGGCGUAACACAGAAAGCGAAUAAUAGUCUGUUCUUUGGAAAUGUCACUAAUCGAGGAAUAUGGAGACGGUGAAUAUGAGAGGGCCGCGAAGCGCCUCAAAACGUCGGAGGUUGAGGAGGGAGAGGACCUAGAGGAAGGAGAGGAUUCAGACUCAGCAUCAGCGGAGCUGCUUGGAGAUGAAGAGGAUGAAACGGGGCCCAGUGGGGAGCAACGCGUCCGCUGGACUCUGUCAAAAUACUGCUCGGGUAGAAAGGAUAAUGGUGAUAAUUCACACCGCAUCGCUCCAUCUCCUGUAGUCCAUGUGCGGGGUCUGUGUGAGUCUGUGGUGGAGGCUGAUCUUGUGGAGGCCUUGGAGAAAUUUGGAAAUAUCUGCUACGUGAUGAUGAUGCCAUUCAAGAGACAGGCGUUGGUAGAGUUUGAAAACCUUGACAGUGCUGACCGUUGUGUGACCUAUGGGGCUAAAGAAGCUGUAUACAUCGCUGGCCAACAGGCCUUCUUCAACUACUCCACUAGCAAGAGAAUCACAAGACCCACCAAUGCAGAUGAUCCAAACAGUGGGAACAAAGUGUUACUACUCUCCAUCCAGAAUCCACUCUACCCCAUCACUACAGAUGUUCUGUACACAGUCUGCAAUCCUAUUGGCAAUGUGCUGCGUAUAGUGAUCUUCAAGCGCAACGGAAUCCAGGCCAUGGUGGAAUUUGAGUCCGUUCAGAAUGCCCAGAGGGCCAAAGCAGCCCUAAAUGGAGCAGACAUAUAUGCAGGAUGCUGCACUUUGAAAAUUGAAUAUGCGCGGCCCUCACGCCUCAAUGUCAUCAGAAAUGACAAUGACAGUUGGGACUACACAAAGCCCUUUCUCGUCAGGAGAGAGCGUGCCAAAGGAAGACAGCGACAGGCCAUUUUAGGGGAGCAUCCCUCUUCUUAUGGAGAUAAUGGCUAUGGCUCUCACUGCCCCCUAUUGCCACUGCCCACCAACACCAGAUUUAAGAGAAGCUCACAUGACAUGCCAGAGGUGGUCGCUUAUCCUUUACCUCAGACUUCCUCCUACAUGGGGCAUGCCACUAGCUCAGUUGCCAUGGUGAGUGGCCUUCACCCUGAGAAGAUGAACUGCACCCGCAUCUUCAACCUCUUCUGUCUCUAUGGAAACAUUGAGAAGGUGAAGUUCAUGAAGAGUGUUCCAGGCACAGCAUUGGUGGAGAUGGGGGAUGAAUAUGCUGUGGACCGAGCCAUCACACACCUCAACAACAUCAAGGUCUUCAGCAAGAGGCUUAAUGUCUGUGUGUCCAAGCAGCAGGCGGUCAUCCCAAGCCAGGUCUUUGAGCUUGAGGAUGGCUCUAGCAGCUACAAGGACUUUGCUAUGACCCGUAACAACAGAUUCACAAGUGCUGGGCAGGCCUCUAAGAACAUUAUUCAGCCACCAUCUUGUGUCCUCCAUUUUUACAAUGUACCUCCUUGUGUGACAGAGGAUGAGCUACGAAGGUUAUGUUCAGAACACGGUGUACCUGGUUUCGUCAAGUUCAAAGUCUUUGAUGCCAAACCCAGCUCUAAAACCAUAUCAGGUCUGCUUGAGUUUGAGAGCAAGACAGAUGCUGUGGAGGUGCUAACAGUGCUCAACCAUUACCAGAUCAGGAUACCAAAUGGAUCCAACCCUUACACUUUGAAGCUGUGUUUCUCCACGUCUUCUCACCUAUAAGCCGAAGAAUCAGAAAGGGACAUAAGCCAUGGAGUAUUCAUGUGGAGAAAGAAGAAUGGGAUAGCAGAUCAAAUAACUCAAAUGUAUAAAGGAAGAGCCAAACAACUAUUUCUUUAUUGGUAGUUGCAAACACUUAGGGCCAAAUCUAUCAGUCUUUUGAACAACAGAAAACAAUUUAUUGUGUGUACACACCUUCCCACUUUUGGUUAUCGCACAAGAUGUACACCCAAGUCUCUUCACUAGCGUGAGUCAAACAGCCUGAAAUUGACACCCAACAUCCACUCUUACAGUGAUCCUCAUAUGGGUUGAGACACAACUGAGAUUGACAAAUUAUCAUGUACAUCUUUCAGGUAAACCUCUACACGGAUGCUGCAUACGCCUAUAUGAACUGUAUGUAUGUAUGCAUAGUGUAUGUAUGAUGCUUGUUGCGCAUCCUGAAAGUUUAUCCAUGUGUGCAAAGUUAAAUGUGCACUAAUAUUAGAGAUGUGAAUUCACAGUGCAUUAUGAUGCAUGUUGUUUUUAUUAAACAGCUGUGUUUUUUUUUACAUUGUUUGAACCAAGUUAACUGGGUGUUCCACUCCCAUAACUGACAUGAUAGCUAUAUGUUGAUAGUUCAAUUAAGAUGGUAAUCGCCCUACAGAUGGACAGAUGGACUGUUUAGCCUCCUUACAUCACUGUUACUUCCUCUUAGUGUCACCUACUGCAAAUCAUAAAUAUGAUGCAUACACCACCUCACCACCAUGCUCAGAGGUGUGUAUGUUUUCCUGUGGAUUAUCUUUCAUCAGUACCGUUUUAUUUGUGAAGAAAUUCUUAGCAUGAUUUAAGUGAAUGUGUAAACACACAUUUGACACAGGAGGCCACUAAAGGUGUCUGUAUGUCACGUUUUCUCUUUACAAUCCAUUAUUCUCUUUGAAUAUCAUGUCCUCAACAUGUCCUUUUAUUCUGGCAUGCCAUUUGGCAUCUGCAUUAAGUGAUUGUCCUGGUACGAGAGGAAAUGGGAUAAGAUUAAUUAAUUUAGGCCUACAGUAUCUGUCAACUUGGCUUUUGUUAGACUUUUAUCUGUAAUUUUGUUGUCAAUAUGAUGUCAUUGACACUGCUUGUAAGCUGUGUACCUCCUAAAAAAUCAAUAAAUCUAUAUGUCAGACAUGUCCUAGUUGGAUCAACCUAAAUGACCUUAGUGUAUUUGUGCCUGCAUCAUUGUAGAUACUCAGAAUUGUUGAGGAACAGAAUUAAAAGAUGUGAAUUCUGUAAAGACUGUAAUGUAGAUUGUAUUGUAAUAUAUCAUCAAGACAAUGUGUCACAACGUAUAAUUUUCUUUCAUGAAAGACCAACCUUGUUUUAUGUUCAUUUAGUUCUGGGCUGCUGCUGGCCAUUUUGGUGCCCUAAGCAGAGGUGCGUUCAAAUUUGCAAGCAUUGGCGAACGUCUGUAAACAGCUUUCUGUUUGCCUUGAGUUCUCUGCAAACAUUUUGGAACACUCACAAACAGUUUGAGAAGGUAGUUCUCCAUAAACAGUAGACCUGGACGUGAGCUGGACGAAGUGUUACCAUUACAAUAAACUGUUUACACCAAAUCAUUCAAAUUGAUCUGUUCAGAGAAAACAUAGGCCUAUUCGCCACAAACGUUCACCACUGAAUUUGAGCGCACCUCAGAAUUGUUUUAGUUAUGAUUGUGAUGAAUGUUUAACUCUUAGUACAUUAUAUUUAAAUGAUAACACAAAUGUCAAUGCAAACAAAUAAAGUUAAAUAAAAGGCCUAUAACUUACA